CACAUUGGAUCCCAUUUAGUCUCACAAACUAAACAACAAGAAUUCUUUCUGCUUAACUUGGAUUCUGAACUCUAUGCUUCUUUUCUAAAACACAUCAUUAUCAUGUUGGUUGAGUUGCUAAAUAUCAAAUCUUCCCAUCUCAUUUAAAGUAUGUACUAGCCUCUAAAAUGCCUUCUCCAUUAUUCUUAUUAUCUGCCAAAUUUUUUUGGUGGUCAAUAACAUCAUUGGAGCAGCCAUGAAAGGUCUAAGUUUGUUAUUUACACACGCAAUUGCUGAACUUGUUUGUUUCUAAGUGGUUUGUGUUUUGAAAAUUAGGCUUGCUAGCCCUUUGUUAUUAGAUUUGUUUAAUCCCUGUCUAAUCAUGUUGAUGUGCUCUCUAACUACAUAGACCAAGUCCUCCUGUUUUUCGUAUUAUAGUUGUACCGUCCACACUAUAAAUAAUCAUAUCCCUUUUCAUAUACCAAACAAUGAAGCAGACGAAAAUUUGAUCAAUCUCAGAAGAAAUACAUGUACACAGAGAACACUGAACAUUCUUCUGUCAUGGCGUCGUCCGCUGAGAAUCCGCAGAUGGCACCGGCACCGACUCUAUGCGGUGUCACAGCAGCACCACCGCCGACGCCAUCAGCGCAACCAAACCGUAUCUCCACCUCUGAUGCAGAGGAUGCUCUCUCUCGUUUACUCCAUCGUCUCCCGCCCACUCUGUCUCUCCCUUCUCGUCUCGCCCCUCGCACCACCUCUCCACCUUCUGUCGCGUUCUCGCAGGAUGAUCCAAGCUUCCUCAACCCCAUCCUUUCCUCUUCUUCCGCCCCUUCCCAGCUCGGUUUCUUUCAACUCAGCAACCACAACAUACCCUCAAAACUUGCUGUAGCUGCUGAGAAGGAAGCUCUGUCUCUUUUGAACCUUCCAUCCAGUGAAAAACGUCAACUUUUCUCUGAUAUAUGGCCUCUAAGCUUCGACUACAAUGAUGAUGGUGAGGAAGACGGUGAAGACGGAAAUGGCGAGUCGUUCUGUUUCGACACGUCUUGCACUACUGAGUCAACUCAGUCAUUAUCAUCCUUAAAAGAGUUCGCUAAUUCUUUAGAGAAGGUUGGUUUGGAGACUAUCAAAGCUCUAUCGCAUGCUGUCGGUUUUGAGAACCCAUUGGGAGAAGAAGAUAGUGCUGCAAGUAACAGGUUUAGUUCGUUAAUGUGGAUAUCCGAGGGUGUGCCAGGUAAUAAUCCUGGUUUUUCCGGUCGAUUUUAUCCGUAUAUAAUAGCUCUCCAGUACCAAAUAAGGUGUCGCAAGUAUUCAUUGCUGGCUGACUCGGGUUGGGUUUCUGUAUCACCUCAAGUUGAUUCUGUCCUGGUCACUAUUGGAGAUGUUGCUCAGGUAUGGAGCAAUGGGAAGUUGAAGAAGGUGAGAGGAAGGCCGACGGCGUUUUCAGAGUCGACUCGUUGCAUAUCUAUGUCUCUUCUGCUUACUCUUCCUACUGACAGUACCGCAUCUGACAACUUCCUUCAUCCUGCACCAGCAUUGGUUCCCACUGCCGCCGCUGAUACUAAUGACAGCACGGGCGAGGAGCAUAACAUAACUGAUUGUAAGACGAAUCAUGAGGAUGAUCAAGAUAUUAUUAGCCGCAACAGUGAAAUGGUCGGUAUGGAUAAUAGCAGUACUAGUAGCAGCAAGAGGAUUACUGAAGAUAAAAUACUAUUUUGCUCGUUUAACUUCGAAGAUUAUGCUUGGAGAGUUUAUCAUGAGAGGCUUCCGUUCAAGGACCCGCUCGACAGAUACCGUCUCUCUGAUGAUUGAGUUUAAAGUUUUCAUGGUGUGGUGAUGUAAUGUAGAAGUGGGAGAAGUUACUAGAAGUACAGUUUCAUUAUGGCUAUUUGUUUUGUGAAGGCUGUAUGGCGAAAAAGCACAAGUCUGCCUAUCAAAGUUAUAUGUCUAGUUAUAAUUGAAAGAGGUGUAUUUUAGACAUUUUACUUUCUUUUUUCAUUGAAUUUCAUUAUAGAAUCUUCUUUUUUCUUCCCUCUUGAUUUCUCAUUCUUCCUACAUCAAAGAAAAGAAAUUGUAUCACAAAAUCUGAAAAAUUGCAGCUUGUUUUACAUCA